AUGGACCAACAGAAUCUAACAGUGAUGACUGAAUUCAUUCUAAUGGGCCUCACCAAACGCCCUGAGUUACAGCUUCCACUUUUUGGUGUCUUCCUUCUCAUCUACAUGAUCACAGUGCUAGGUAACCUAGGCCUAAUUAUCUUAACCAAAGUGGACUCCCAUCUACAAACUCCCAUGUAUUUUUUCAUCAGACACUUGGCCUUCAUUGACCUAGGUAAUUCUACUGCCAUUUGUCCCAAGAUGCUGAUAAAUUUUAUUGUGGAUCAAAAUAUCAUUUCGUUCUAUGAAUGCGCCACACAGAUGUUUUUCUUCAUUUUUUUCAUUAUCAGUGAACUUUUUGUCCUAUCAGCCAUGGGCUAUGAUCGAUAUGUAGCCAUCUGCAAUCCCCUGCUGUAUAAUGUCAUCGUAUCCCCAAAGCUUUGUUAUGUGAUUGUGGGCAUUCUCUACCUCUACAGCGCAUGUCAGUCUUUGAUGUACACCAUUAAGAUUUUUACAUCCACUUUCUGUGGCAAGAAUAUUAUCAAUCAUUUCUACUGUGACGAUGUCCCCUUGUCAACAAUGGCCUGCUCAAAUACACAAGAAAUCGAAUUUUUGCUUGUCUUAUUCUCUUCACUUAACGUGAUAUCCUGCUUCCUGGUAGUAUUGGUGUCCUAUAUUCUAAUUCUGAUAGCCAUAUUUGGAAUGCAAUCUGUUGAGGGCAGGAAAAAAGCAUUCUUGACGUGUGGCUCUCAUUUGACAGUGGUAGUUCUAUUUUAUGGAACUUUGAUAUUCAUGUAUGUGCAGCCCAAAUCUGCGCAUUCACACGAUAAUGACUCAAUCACCUCUGUGUUUUACACUUUAAUUAUCCCGAUGCUAAACCCAUUGAUCUACAGUUUAAGAAAUAAAGAGGUAAAAAAUGCCUUCCAUAGAGUUUUAAAAAAUGGAAUAAAAGUUUGUAUUUAA